AUGGAAGUGGAAGCAACGAGUCUCGGGCAUGCUGCCUUUGCGCCUCAUGACUACACAACGCCCCAAGCACCCUCGCCCUCUCCCCUGAAUUCGCCAUGGCCUGGACUGGACAACGACAUGGACGGACUGGAGGAAGGAACCGCCCAACUCGAUCAACAACGAAGCCUCGAGCCGCCGACCCAGAAGGACGACAACCAAGCAGUCAGGGAAGUCGCGCAACAAAGUCCCAAGCCCGACACACAUAAUGCAGUACCACCUGCCUCCGAUACUCAGACUCUGGAUACGAAGCCGCAACCAGACACCCCAUCGCAACCGCUACCCAAGCCCGUCGAGAGUCGCCCGAAGCCGCCAUCGAGACCUAUGUCCCUAGCACAAUCGCUAUUCCCCGAAGACUUCGAAGACGAUCCCGACCACCAAGACGAGGCUCCAUCUGCCGUUGAGCAAGCAGAUCAAGCCCAACCAGGAGCACUUCCGCAGACACAGACACAGCCCGAGCAGCAAACACUCUCCCCGACACAAGAGACCCAGCUGCAGUUGCCCGAUCAUACCGUGCUUGAUAACCCGCAUCUAUCGCAUCCGCUCCCUUCGUAUUCGCCUGCCGAUCUUCUGGACCAGUCCGUAGAUCCUCUCGAUCAAUCACAACCUCUUCAACCGCAAACACCUGUCAAGGACUACUCAGAGCUUGCAACCGCAGUCGCCGACUUGAACCUGCCGACAAACUCUCUUUUCCCCGCCGACCUCGCACUCGCCUCGUAUGAAGCCGAAGAGGCCGCUCCUGUACAAGACGCUCAAAACGAUCCCAUGCAAGCUUUCGCAAAGCUGCAAUUUCCCGAUGGAGACUUUUAUAUUAACACGUAUGCUGUCGAAUUGGGCCGUGAUCUGAACGCCGCCAAGUUUGAGCGAAAGGCAGGCCGAAAGCACAAGAUGAAGUUAAACCGGGACGUCCAGAUGGAACAAGAUGCCGAUAUGAAUCUGGAUGACGAAGGCCGCAACAUCGCACGCAGCAAUGUCAGCGAAAGUGGUGGUAUUGUGGGUGUCAACAUCGACUAUGACAGCGAAGAGAAUGAGGAGUCCAAACGUCGCAAGCGCAAGCAGUUCCGUUCUACCAACUCCUCUCACUCCGUCGACCCUACCUCUCUCCUUACUAACCCCUACGACCUCUCGCUCGACUGGCAGCCACAGCAGGACAAGCCUUUCGAAUACGAGUGUCCCUUCAUCCCGAUUCAUCCCCAGGCCGGACAGUCCUUCAAGAACAUCUCGCGCAAGCAUAUCCGUAUCGAGUACAACCUGCAGAAAGCUUAUUGGGAGAUGCUCGUUAACGGCAGAAACGGUGUAUUUCACGAUGACACUCACGUCGACAAAGGCUCUCUGGUCAAGUUGCACCACGGGAGCGAGAUUCUCAUCCAAGGCAUAACUCUCAUCUUCCAGCUUCCGGAUAACGCCCGUAAUGAUGACGAAGACGAGGAGCCCGCUCACAUCCUCUCUGAUACGGAUAGUUCCCUUUCAGAUCUGGACAGUGUCGCUAGUGUUACCUUCGGGCACGAUUUCGAAGAGGGAGACGUAUCAUCUGAAGACGAGCCUCUGCGCCUCAAACGACCCGUCCAAAAGGAGGAGCGACCUCGUAGGAUUGUCAAGCUCAAGCUCACACUCAAGAAGAACUUCCCCGCUGUUGCUGGACUGCCUAUCGAGAAAGAGGAGAAGAAGGAAAAGGAAAAAGAGAAAGAAAAGAAGAAGGAGAAGGAAAAGGUCAAGGAGAAAGAGAUCGAGAAAGAGAAAGAGAAGGAGCCCGAGAAGGAGAAAGAAAAGGAGAAGGACAAGGCACCCGAGAAGGUCAAAGUCAAGGAGAAGGAGAAGGAGAAAGAAAAAGAGAAGGAAAGAAGACCGUCUAAAUCUGGCAAGCAAUCGAUCAAGAUCGACAGACCCACGAGGGUGGAAAAGGCAGAGAAGAUGCCCAGGACACCCAAGGCGGACAAAGUCGAGAAGCCAGUACAAAAGGUUCCCUUACCCCAAAAGACUGAGCCAAGCGACAAGGUCGAAAAGCCAAAGGAAGCCGAACCUGCUGAGAAGACGAUCACCACACCCAAGCAGCCCGAGUACGUGCCGGCGGUCUUCGAAGAGAGAAGAGAAUCUGCCAUAUCCACUACUGAGAUGCCACCGCCAUCCCAGCCAAUUGAUAUCAAGACGUCGAUCGAGCCUGACUCCUAUGAGGCGCUUCAAGCCCUGCAAAUCACGCCUUCCCAGACUCCUCCCGCCGUUCCCACAGAUUUACCUCCUGGUUCCAUUCUUGCCGGCCUAGCUCCUGAGGAAAUUCCUCAGAAACGAAAAGGUCCAGGAAGACCUCCCAAGAACGGUGUCAUGUCCAAACGCGAUGAGGCGAUCAUCAAGCGAAAGACAAAGGAGUUACAAAAGUUAGGCAUGGUUGUUCCACCGCUUGCCGAGUUGUUGGCUCUCGCCAGAGCUGAAGGUGGAAGCACCACUAAGAAAGACUCUAAACCAGAGGAUGGACGUGAAGGAGAACAUCUAAGUCAGUCUGUCGAGAUUGAUCCUGCACUGAUGGCCAUUCAAGAGCAUAACAAUGCCACACCUUCGGCUGAAGUCAAGACCGAGGGAGGUCUUUUGCUUGCUCAGCCUACGCCAGACAAGGAUGCGAACAAGCCAAAGAGAAUCGUCAAGUCUCCGUCUCCACAGAAGCCUGAGUCAGAGUACACCGAGGAAGAACUCAAGAAGCCGACUCAGACGUAUGUUGUCCUUAUUCACGAGGCUCUGUCAAAGGCUCCGACUGGUGUGAUGGACCUGCAACAGAUCUACGACGCUAUGCAGAAAAUGUACCCAUGGUUCAAGUACAGGAGUACGACUCAUGGCUGGCAAAGUAGUGUUCGACACAACCUGAUCAGCAGUGAAGCUUUCGAAGAGGCUGGCAAGAUCGGCAAAGGUAGGCUUUGGAAAAUCAACCCCAAUGUCUCGAUCGACAAGGAGAAGAAACGCAAAGCUCCUACGCCGCCUCCGGACAACAGACAAGCCCAGCAACCGCAAUACCCCUACUACCCAAACAAUCAAUAUCCAUACGGCCAUCCUGCAGCCCCUGCGUACGGAGCCUACGCUAGACCGAGUCCUUACGGUACACCCUACGGUCCGCCGACUGUACAGAAUGUGGCACGGCCCCCCGUCCCGACUCCACAGCAGAAGCCUGGUACAUACUAUUCGCCAUAUGCAUCGACUACACCAGGCACUGCCGCCGCUGCCUCGCCUUACGGUCCUCCGAGCAGAGGGCCAUAUGCUGCUCCUUACCCUCAGCCUCCUCGGCCACCUGGUAACGCUCAUGGCGGACCGCCACAGCCGCCACAGGCACAACCCGGCCAGCCACAAGCACCGGCGCCGCCGCAGGGUCAACCACAGCAACCUCAAUCACAGCCUGGUCAAGCUCCUUAUCCUCCGCCAGGACAGCCUUAUCAGCCGGCCAAUAAUCAAGCUCCAGGACCACCGAACGGUCAGCCGCCACCUCCUAGACCUGUGAUGGCCUCAGCACCUGGUCAGGCUUCUCUGCCACACAACCAGAGUGGAAUCACUUCUGAGAAGAUGAUUGACAAUAUCAUGGAUUACCACAAGAGAUACCUCAGUAAUUUCCAAGGGCCGGAGCAGGACAAACACCGAGCGAUCUUCCGCAAAGCCACUAACAGACAUAUCCGCCGCGAUCAAGACCAUGGUCCUUACGAGUCUGAGGAAGAAGAGAAACUGUACAAAGCCAUCCAGAACAUCAUCACCUCUACACAGGCAGAGACGGCGUCUGUAGCAUCUGCACAACCUCAAACGAAUGGUCAAGGACCUAUGCAAGGUGGACCGCCUCAAAGUCAAGCGCAGCCAGGCGCGGUACAGACUGCGCCGGGUUCAAGUUUGCAGCCACAGGGUGCUCCCGGUCAACCGUCUCAACAAGGAGUGCCUGGCUCUCAGCCCGCAAUUGGUCAACAGCCUACCAGUGGUCCCCAUCCCGUCCACCAAGGUUCCGCUUCGGAACAAGCACUGGCCGAAGCGCUCAAGACGGCCAUGCCUGGUGCGCAAGCUUAUAGGCAAGGUCCACCAACGGGCCCUUAUCAUCCCGGCCCACCUCAGCAACAAGGUAUUGCACCCAGACCAACUCCUUAUGCGCAGCCGCAAGCUCCGCAGCAGCAAAGGAUGCAACCUCCACCGGGACAGCAACAAGGUCCACACGCUCGCCCUAAUCUCGCUCCUACGCCUUCUGCGCCGCAAGUGCAAGCACCGAGACCGACGUUUACUGCGCCGUCGCAACCUCCACCUACUGCAUCAACGCCGGCGAAUCAGGCCCAGGCUUCGACUCUUGUCACACAAGGACCGGGUGCUCCUUCCCCUAGUCAAUCGGCACAGCCAUCUCCUACACCGGCCCCAGGUCAUACCACUCAACAAGCUCCUCCACCCGCACAACAAACUCCUGCACCUGCUCCCGUGGCUCAAACUGCUUCGACCCCUCAACCUCCACCUACGGUUCAGGCAGCUACCAUCUCUGCCCCAUCACAGACAUUGACACCUGCUCCUCCGGCACAGCAGCAAACACCCGCAACUGGACCUCCGGUUACUACACCAGCUCCAGUGGCUCCUCAGGCGCCAGCUGCACCAACUGCGCCAGCACAGCCUCCAUCGGUUGGUCCAGCCGCUACAUCGACGCCAGUACCAGUGGCACCGACGCCUCCAGCAGAUCCGAACGCACAUGGUGGUUUGAAGCGGCCUAUAGAGAUUGACGACGACGGUGACCACGAAGCCAAGAAGCAGAAGACAGAUGGAGAAGCUUGA